AUGGCAGCAGGACGUGGCAAGUCCAGUGGCAAGUCCAGUGGCAAGUCCAGUGGCAAGUCCAGUGGCAAGUCCAGUGGCAAGUCCAGCGGCAAGUCCAGCGGCAAGUCCAGCGGCAAGUCCAGCGGCAAGUCCAGCGGCAAGUCCAGCGGCAAGUCCAGCGGCAAGUCCAGCGGCAAGUCCAGCGGCAAGUCCAGCGGCAAGUCCAGCGGCAAGUCCAGCGGCAAGUCCAGUGGCAAGUCCAGUGGCAAGUCCAGUGGCAAGUCCAGUGGCAAGUCCAGUGGCAAGUCCAGUGGCAAGUCCAGCGGCAAGUCCAGCGGCAAGUCCAGCAAGUCCAGUGGCAAGUCCAGUGGCAAGUCCAGUGGCAAGUCCAGUGGCAAGUCCAGUGGCAAGUCCAGUGGCAAGUCCAGUGGCAAGUCCAGUGGCAAGUCCAGCGGCAAGUCCAGCGGCAAGUCCAGCGGCAAGUCCAGCGGCAAGUCCAGCGGCAAGUCCAGCGGCAAGUCCAGCGGCAAGUCCAGCGGCAAGUCCAGCGGCAAGUCCAGCGGCAAGUCCAGCGGCAAGUCCAGUGGCAAGUCCAGUGGCAAGUCCAGUGGCAAGUCCAGUGGCAAGUCCAGUGGCAAGUCCAGUGGCAAGUCCAGCGGCAAGUCCAGCGGCAAGUCCAGCGGCAAGUCCAGCGGCAAGUCCAGCGGCAAGUCCAGCGGCAAGUCCAGCGGCAAGUCCAGCGGCAAGUCCAGUGGCAAGUCCAGCGGCAAGUCCAGUGGCAAGUCCAGUGGCAAGUCCAGUGGCAAGUCCAGUGCAUGUGAUGACUGCACGGUCAACGUGAACUACUUCUUUCUCUGGCAAAACUCCAGUCCACCACCAGCAGCAACAUGA